GACGUCGUUCAGUUGAGAAAUUUCAUUUUAAUACGGAGCAUUUUAGUUACAAAUCGAUUUCAUAAGGUUUGGAAGUGUUUUACGGUGUUGUUUGUUGAAACAAAACGUUUAUGUAUAAUUCAAAAUAGUAGAGUAAACACGGAACAAAUAUUGUUAAUUUCGGUAAUAUUAAAUACGUGCAAAGAGACAACGAACGGCUUCAAACCAAACAAUUCUUUUAGGGUUAAAAGGAGGAAGAAGAAGAAGAAUUUAAAAAUUGAAGCGCCUAAAAUAACGUGUGUGCGUUUUCGUGUGUGCGCUGUGCUGUGCUGUGCUGCUGCAUAUUGUGUGUGAGGAGGCGGAGGUGGCUUCUAUUUGUUUGACCAUGAAUUUCUACAGCCUUAUUUUUAAUUACUAAAACGGAAACGAAGGAUUUUAACUAAAAGACACGAAAUCAAAAUAAAGACAGACACAAUGUUAAUAUGCAUUUUUGAUAACAUUCCUUGAAAACUACACAACUAUACCUCAAUUAGGGGUUAAAGAAGAGACCAAAACUGAGAAUAUCCGGGACAUAUCCAAAAGUAUACCAAAUAACAAAAACAAAAUACACAAAACUAACUAAGAAAAACAAACAAGCAACAAAAAACUAAAUAUUUAUUGCCGAGCCAAAGCAGUUCAAAUAUAUUUUUAACCUCAUGAAUUUUACCACAGUCGCAAAUCCACUUAUCAAUUCAAAAAUCAUGGAGUGGACCAAUGAUGAUGCAUUAGAAUUAAUAGAACAAUACCGUUGCCAUACAGAACUAUGGAAUCGCGCCGAUCCAAAGUACAAAGAUAAAUUAUGCCGUUUUCGUGCAUGGUCUGAGAUAGCCGAACGUUUUGGCUGUAGUAAGGCUGAGGUGGAGCGUAAGAUGAACGUACUCCUCACACAAUAUCGCCGAGAGAAACAUAAAAUGUUAUUAAAAUUAUAUCAGGGUAUACAGCCGAAUCCAUCCAAAUGGUAUGCAUUCAAAAGGUUUGAUUUCAUGGAAGCUGGUGGUGGGAGUGGUGGAGGUAGUGGCAGUAGUAGUGGUGGUGGUGUUAUUAUGAAUAGCGGCACAAAUGGACAUACAACAGUAGCAGCAGCAGCGGCAGCAUUGAAUGGUCUUGGUGGUUUUGAUACAACAGCAGGUGGUACGACCAUUGGUGCAACAGCACUUUCACAUCAUCGACGUAUGAAGAGCAAGGAAAUGAAGUAUUUUGGUGCGAUGGGCCUAAAUUUGCCGAUGCUGAUUGCAAAUACCCAAACAUUGGAUACAUGGAAUUCGGUUGGACAAUUUUCACCGCCUAUUGGUGAACGUGGCCAUCUACGAGUACCAUUACCAAUGCCAUUUUCUGCCUCGCAAAAUGAUAUGAGUGCCGUUGGUGCUGGUACACGUAGUCUAUUCGGUAGUAGCAGUAAUAGUGAUCUCGGUGCCAGUCCGCAGAAACCGAUGGAAACAGCAGAUAUUGAUGAUAAAGAAGACACAAAACAUGAACGUACCUCACCGUCCAAUAUGAUGCAUGAUAGUUCAGUUACUGGUAACGGUAGUGCAAAUACCCUUGGUACUAGAAUAAUUGACAGCAGCACAUUACGUGCUGGCGGUAGUAGUAGUGGCGGUGGAGGCAGCGGUGGUGUUGGUGGUGGUGGCGGCGGUGGUGGAGUAGGUGGCGGUGGAAGUAACGUAACUGGUGGCGGUAGUGGCGCCGAUGGUACAGAAGGUGGUAGUUCUAGUCCUAUACCAAAUACAAAUACGCUUGAGGCCCAUCGUAACCGACAUGAACAACGUGAUCAAGACGAUCUUGAUAUCAAACAAGAACUGGUCGAUUAUUUUCAUGCACCACAUCCGCCAGCGCCGCCCGGUUCACACCAUUCGUACAGUUCGACCGAUGAUAAUCGUUUGGGUGGCGGUGGUGCUGAUUCUGAUGAUUUUGCACAAGAUUUACGUGUAAGUGCUGCUGCUGCUGCCGCAGCGAAAAGUUUAGAUUUUAGUCAUUUCGUUCUGCCACGCAGUUUGCGACAUUCAUCGGAAUCAAUCGAUGAGAAAUUUUCACCGCUCAAUAUGCGUAAGCUGAACGUUAAUUCAAGUGCUGCGUCCGCAACGGCCGGUCAAAUGCUCAUGAAUUCAUUGCUUUCGAACGAAAGCAUCUCUGAGGAUACCACAACAAGCGGUCGCCAUGGUGGCAGCGUGAUUGUUGCUGGUGUGGGUGGUGGUGGUGGUGGUGGUCUUGGUAAAAAUGCUUCGCAAGAAGCAACCAACUCAGCAGCUGCUGCUGCAGCCGCUAUAUAUGCUGAAAGUCUGAAUAAGGAUGAUUGCGAUUUUAUCGGUUCAAAUGUAACGCUUAAAUUACGAUCCAUGGAUCGAACACAACGCAUUAUUGCCGAAAAACUUAUAAGCGAAGUACUUUUUUAUGGACAAUUCAAUGAGCUGGAACGCAGUGCACGUAUACAACCCAAGUGACACUUAUUGCCAAAGUUGAGGAAGGGUUACUAAGCAUGUUCUAGAAGAAAAAUCAAAUGGUAUUGCGUUAAUUUUUUUUAUACUUUGUUUUUAAAUUUUAUUUUAAGCAAAAAAAAAAUUAUUUAUUACAAAUUUUAUGAAAUGGUGGAAAUGAAAAGCAGUCAUAUGAAUGUUCCUUUCGUAGAAAUUCUUUUUUUUGUUUUUUUUAAAUUUAACUUUAAAUACCAGGAGUAAAUCACAGGUUUCAACAGGAGCCCAGUCAACGUUCCGCAAAUAUACGACUCUUUUUUGGGACGACUUAAUGGCGACACCUCCUCUAAAAAAAACUAAAAAAGUGAACUUGGUUUGAGGGUUUCCAGAAGACUUACCGCAAUACAAUACGUCGUCAAACAAUCCUAAUACUAUAGGGCUCACUUCUAUAAUCUUUAAAGUGGAAGAGACAUUCUCAACCAAGAUAAAUUUUACACAUUCCUUUAAAGAAGUAACUAUGGCAACUGAUUAAUCGGCAACCAAGUUAAUGCUAGUAGAUGAUCAUUGUUUGAGAUUGAUAAAUAGUAUGUGUUAAUUAUGUGACACCCAAUUAAUGAUUGCUACCUUUUUAGUAAAAGUAAAUGAUGAUAUUUAAUGACACUAGAUUAAGAAGAACUGGUCACUUAACAUCAUACAUUAUUCUGUAUAUACUGAGUUACCGUUAGCUAAACUUUAUUCCAUAUACGACAAUUAUUUUUAUUUACAAAUCUAAUAAGCCUCAUAGCCUAUUGAUGCUCAUUGGCCCAUAAUGUAAUACACUUUAAAUAU